AUGAAGUCGUGCAGCAUUGCGCCGCCUUCUCUCGCGCUGUGUAAACAGACAGCUAUCGCUACCGCUCCCACCCAUGCUCUUAUUGUUAUUACUCUUAUUAUUUUCAUGUCUGCGUAUCGAGUAAAACUGUUGACGCUGAUUGAGUUUAUAUUGCGAAUCAUAGCAGCAAUCAUUGCUGGUAUUGCUUUCAUCCCCGCUAUCAUGUAAGCUGGAACUGAUGUAAUCUUCAUCAUUGUCGCUGCUACUACUGCUAAUGUUAUCGUUGCUUUCAUUGAAGUCGUAUUUUGUUAAGAUUCGAUCUACCAUUAAGAUUGGAUCCUUGGGGAUCCGUUCAGGAUAGCAACGUUCUGCGGAGGUGGUAUCUUCGUACACAACGGAGUCUAAAUUUUGCAUUUGUAAGGGCUUAAUAUGAGAAAAUGAG